CAUUCUUCUGAGUGAAACUAAGCGCUGCCUGGAAGUUCCCUAUUACUGUUUUUUUUUAAAAAAGAAAAUUGCAAAGAUGGUUGUGAUUUUACACAUGCAGCAGUACUUGUUCCUUCUGACUCUGAAGAUAAACUAGAGCUGGAAAUUGGGUGUGACACCAGAAAACACAGAAGGACAGCCUUUCCCAGUGUUGUCUAACAAAGAAUAAUUUAAGUCAAACUGAAGUACAUUGCCUUCAAAAAACAAAAGAGCCUUGCCGUGUCUGCUGUCUAAAGUAAUCAGACCUAUCAAGAGAAGACUGAAGCACUGAAUACUAAAACAACACUACACUGUGAUAUAUGUAGGCAAAUGGACAAGUUAGGUACUGAUAAGGCAAUAUUCAGAUUGAAGAGUAAGCAAUUUUUUGGAGUUACAUUAUUCUAAGAUGAGGCAGUCUUGGUGUCUGGGAUGAUUACAGAACAUUGUGACAGAAGGUGAAUGCAUUUAGAAGCAGCACUUUGCCUAAUACACACUCUACAAGCUUUGUUAAAUCUGUAAGCUAAAAAGCAAGGGCUUGUUGCGUGUGCUUCUCUCAGUAGUACAGAAAGUGACAAUUUAACAAAGGCAGAUUCUGGAAAUCUGUCUUGUCCUAAAGCUGUUUCUUCAGUUUUUGAAGAAGAAACUCUGUACAUUCAGGCAGAAUACCAUUCUCACAUUUUCAGCCACCACAACCUCUAUAGGCGUUGUAUUUUAUUGCAAUACCCUGCUCAGUCCACAAAGCAUUUAAUGUUCAUGAUACACAAAAUUGGCCUCCGAGCAAUGAGGAGGUUAUAAAAUAUAAAUAUGAUGAUAAUCUAGAGUUGUCAGUUGAGUUGGAUAACAACAUUCUGAAUUUAGCAUAACUAUGGAUUGCUCAUAUCUAGAUUUCUCUUCUGAUGAGGAAAGUUUCAACACCUUCGCCUGUCGCAAAAGUAAUCCUUUUGUUAGUAUGCAGUAUAAUCGGUCCUCUCAGCACUCCACUGCAGCACACUAUCAUGAUGAUCUACAAUUAUUAGAUGACUUUGAUUCGGUCUCAGGUACAACGAAUGUUGGUUAUUCAACCACAGACAUGGGGCAACUGGAUAAACUUUUGUAUUCAGAUAAGGAGUUUGCCAGCACGUCCCUUAGUGACAUAAACAUGUCUUUUGGUGGUGUAUGUAGCAAGCAGUCUUUCCAGCAUUACAGUGCAGAAUAUGGUUUGCAAGCUACUGUUUUAAACAGGUCAAAACUGGAAUGUAAUAGAAGUAAGAUCCUUAUGGAGGACAUGAGAAGAGCCACUCCAGAGUCAUUUGAACAUAAAGGAGCAGCCUUCGAACAAAACUUUGAUCAUCAGAUGCAAGAAUGUAACACUCUUCUCACGGAUUUUAAAGAGGUUCUUUCUGCAGUACAAGGUGUUGACGAAGUUCGUAUAAGUGACUGGCUUGAUCAGAGUAAUGAGCUGUUAAAGCUGUUAGAGCAAACAGAGUCAAACUCAGACUCUCUGAAGACACACAUUGCAGUUGUUGGAGGCACUGGGGCAGGUAAAAGCACCUUACUGAAUGCUCUGCUAGAUGAGGAGGACUUGCUGCCUACAUCUUCUAUGAGGGCCUGCACUGCAUCAGUCGUGGAAGUGUCCUACAAUACGAAGAAUCAGAAAUAUGAAGCCGAUGUGGAAUUUUUCACAGAGCAGGAAUGGUAUACAGAACUUGAAGCACUUAUAGAUGAUUUGAGGGAUACGUCUGGGAAGUUAGAAAAAUGCUGUCCUGACUCUGACACUGAAGCUGCAGUAGCUUUUAGACGUGUGAUGGCAGUGUAUGGUAAGAUCGCUGAAGUGGAGGAACUAAAACAGAUCCACGAUGUUACAGGGUAUCUGGGCAGGACUGAACAAAUCACCGAGAAAGAGGUUACAGAAUUUCAUAAUAAGAUUGAACGUUUCAUAGAGUCUUCUGUGAAUAGUUCCCAAAAUGGAAAAGGUGGGGAAUACUGGCCCAUGGUGAAGAAAGUUCAGCUGCAUGUUCCCAGAGCUGAUGUUCUGAGGAGUGGAACUGUACUGGUUGAUCUGCCUGGAGUAAAUGAUUCCAAUCCUGCUAGAGAUAGUGUGGCCAAAGAGUCUGACCAUGCAGCUAUUUCUAUGUUUAGUCCACCUGCAUCAAAGAAUUUGGUAAGUGCUAAUCCAUCACCAUCUGGUAAAAAUGAAAAAGAUUUUGACAGAAAGAAGUCCUCUUUGAAUUAUGUUAUUGCUUCUGUAUCUUUGCUAACUAAGCAUUCUUUAAAGUGUGCAUAUGAUUUUGCUAACUCUGUGCCCAGGAGCAGCUUCUGCAAUGAGGUGUUUUGCUUGGUACGCAAUCAAGAGUUUUCUGAAGAUGUAAAAUAUGAAAUUUAA